AUGGAUGCCUCCAAGCGAGCUUCUCUGGGCAGAAACUCCUUCGUGUCGCUUUCAGGGAUUGAAGAGCUGCUGAAAGACUUGGCGGGCCAGAUAGUGCAGCCGGUGUCUCGAAGAACUCUGAAGAGAAGUCGCGAAGAGGAAGCCAACCAGCAUGGCAUUCUUCGGACCAUGGACAUAGUCGUGGAUGAGCAGAAACAUCGGCUGCAGUUCCUGGACCCGAAGGCCUUCCUGCAAGCAGUGGUGAAGAACUCAGCUGGCUUCGCAGAGAUGCUGAGCCAGCUGACUACAGGCUCCAGCUUCGGCAGUCCGCUCUCCUGGUGUCUUUAUACAGACGAAGUGACUCCUGGCAAUGCAAUGAGGCCACGUCAAAACCGCAAGGUCUUUGCUGCAUACUGGAGCUGCCUCGAGUGGUCCGUGAGGGUGCUCCAGAGUGAGGAAGCAUGGCUCCCUCUAAUGGUCGUGCGAUCAACUGUUGUCAAAGCCAUUGGAGGUGUCACUGUGCUCUGGAAGCACUUGAUGGAGCAGGUGCUGUGUCCUAUGCAGGCAGGUGUCGUCGUGGAGCUGCCUGUCGUCGGAGCUCGGAUGCUGUUUUUCGAGCUCAGAUGUUUUAUCGCCGACGAAGUCGCACUCAAGCAGCUGCACACACCCGAGUCCAUGGCAGCAGCAGCCGGCUACGUGGCCACGGCGGCCAGCAGCCAUGCGACUGCAGCUGAGAUGACGCGACUGGAACAGGCGAUGGGCCUGAACCACCAUGCGGGCGGUGUGCUGCUGGAUCCGUUUCUGGGGCCACGUUUCUUUGGGUCCCUGAUGUUCGACUGGAUGCACAUCCUGCUCGUGACAGGCAUCGUUGGCAUCCAGUGCGGACUUACCCUGGGCUUUCUGCAUGGAGCAGGCUGGACCACGGACAGAAUCAAUUUUUUUCUGAAUACUUUCCGUCUACCGGACCGGAUCCAGAAGGGCGGGUUCCAGGAUGUGCUUACGAAGCGAGAAAAAAUUGCUGAGCCGGUGCGAGGCAGUGCAAGCGAACUCCUGACUUUGGUGCCGCUUCUACGGUUCUACGUGGAGAAGCGAGUGGUUCCUGUUGCUGACGACGAACUUCGUCGCCGACUGCGGCCUUUCCUACUUUUGGCAGAUUUACUGCAGACUUUUCGCACUUUGGCCACGACAACCAUUGAUGCCCAUGUCUUGGCGGCAUCGGUCAAAGAAUACCUGGACGAUUUUCUGGCUGUGCACGGCGACUCCGACUGGGUUCCGAAGUUUCAUUCCUUGAUGCACCUGGCCCCGCAGUACCGGCACCACAACUGCCUUCUCUCGUGCUUUUGCCACGAGAGGAAACACAAGGUGGUAAAGAAGUACACGAACCAGCUUUGCAACUGGACUACUGGUUUCGAGAAGACAAUACUGCAAGACCUCAUCUCGAGCCAGCUCAGGAUCAUGAAGGACUGGACUCCAGCGAACUACACAAAGGUGCGACUGCUGGAGCCGACGAAAAAGGCCCCUGUGCAGCUGGAGCGGCAAGUGACCGAGGCACUGGGCUGCCCUGGUCCCUUUGUGGCGAGCUUGGAGGCCCUGCACGGAGGAGGAUAUCCUGUGCACCGAGGGGAUUUCGUUUUCGUUCGUGCCUACGGCGAGGAAACAUUGGGCCAAGCAGAUCUGCAUCUGCAAGCUGCAGGCGAGACCUGGAAGGUUGUCUCCUUCUUGCACCGGGUUGCUCCGGAUAUAUUCCAAGCUGCUGGAAGCAUAGGAAAAACUUUGGUGCCUAGGAGCCUCAUCCUGCAGACUGUGGCCUACUCCUUGAUGGACGAGCAAGCCGUAGUUGUCAGAGAUGUCUGA